AUGCGUCGGCCGGGGACGCUGCCCUGCUCGGGUUCACAAAGAUCGUCAAACUCUGGGGUGAUAGGCGGUAGCGGCGGUUCCGCCGUAACUUCCGGUAUAAUAAACGACGGCGUCGGUGUUGCCGGUAACGUUAAUAUGAACGGUGGUACAACGCCGAGGAUACACUUGGCUAAUCAUUCGUUAAGGAGAAACAAUCAUCAGGAAAAUCACAAUCAUUCUCAUUCGCAACCCCCGGCAUUACCGGCGAGAGGGGAAAGUUCCAUCGACGUAUCCAGAUCCAGACUACAGAAUGGCAUACCUGGACACCCGCCGCCACCCCCCAGGCAUCCACCUCCCUGUAAUCAGUCAUCGUAUCCAACACUUCCGGUUAACGGACACACGCCCCAUCAUCAUUAUCAUCACAGAGAAAGGGAGAGGGAAAGGGAGAGGGAAAGAGAGAGGGAGAGAGACAGAGUCGAACAGCAUCAUCAUUACCACCAGAAGCACAGAGACGCUCUGGAACAGGACCUUCAGGAUCACAGGGACAGAAACGGGAUAAUCGGUACCUACCGUGCAUGAAAAAAUCAUCGAUAUUGAUUUCGAUUAUAUAUUUGUCCAAUAAAUAUGAACGCACGCGACGAUCGUCGCCGUUACUAUCCCGUAUAACAAUUGAGAAUAUGUAGAAACAUUUUGACGCGUUGAAUUUUUUUUUUUAAUGAAAAACUGAAGACUGAAAAAGCAUACAUUGAAACAAUACGAAAAUUAAAAGAAAAAAAAAAAAGAAGAAGAAGAAACAAAUCCCCAAAGAAAAUAGAUGACGAAUAAAUUAGAACGGAGUCCGAGCAGCUGAUGAAAAAUUCGGAAGAGAUUCAGGGUGGACUGACCGGAAAUUAGCUGAAGAAAAAUAAUAAGUAUGACAUAAGAAAAAACGCUGUCGUUAUUCGAGCCCCUCGCCUCUCCUAUAUACAUAUACGUGUGUAUAUAUAGGUGCGGAGGACCGCGAAACUAUGAAAGUGUCGUUAUCGCGACGCGAGUGUCAGAUGUGCCAAUAGAUCCCUGGGAUUAUCUGCGGACCGGAAAUUCCACGAGGGAAUUAUGCGGGUCGCGGGUGUCACGAUGCCGCCACACUAACGUUUCUUCAACUCCGCGAUAUCAUGAACGCCAAUUAAAAUACGGAAACGAAAAAUAACGCAGAUAAAAGAAAAAAAACAAAAAAAACUAACGCGAUAUAAACCUACGUUCUUCGUUCGAUUUGAAAUAUCCAAAAUCUAUCAAUCGACGUUACGGAUAUAAACGAAUAACACAAUAUUGCAAAAAAUAUUGAAUGAAGCGAACUGAAUCGUCUAGGAAAAUGAAGUCGAUUUUAAACUAAUUUUUUUCAAAUUUACGAUAAGCAAUCAGACACUGUGAGUGAAUUCAUUUUAAUUUUUUAUUUAUUCUUUGUUCUCUCUUUUCGGAUUUGUUUUCCAAUUUUUAUUUUUACGAAUUUUCGUAUUUAUUAUCUCGAUACAAAAUAUUUGUAAGUGAAACCAAAAACGUAACACGAACGAAAAUUAAAAGGAAAAAAAAGACUUUGUAAUAUAUAUAUACGUCUUGAACUCAAAACAAAUUGCAUGAACAAUUUGAUAAACAAAACGGAAGAAAAAAAGAACAGGAGAGAUCCAAUAUAGAUAUAUUAUAUGUAUAGAUACAUUGUGUAUUUAAAAAAAAAAAAAACUCGUGUAAAAUAGUGGAAGCAAAAAAAUUGACGGAAAAAAAAAAUAUUAUACAUAUAUUAUAUAUGAAUUCCCCCGGUAAAAUGUAAUAUAAUGAUUAUUAUAAUAACAAUAAUAAGAUAAAAACUAUGAAAUAAAAUAAAAAGAAGAAGAACAAGAAUCUUAUAUAAAUGAAGAUAUGGAUUAAAACAUAUAUUAAAAUAAAUUAAUAAUUUAGUAAUAAUAUUAAUUAUUGACGUAUUAUGAUGUAUAGUAUAUAUUCUUAAAUAUAUAGAUAUAUAUGUAUAUAUUGUAUCGUGGUGCGGCUAUGCCUCAAAUAAAUAAUAUGUCAUUAAUAAAUAGGAAAUGGAAAGUGGAAAGAAAAUUUCUCGACUGAAAUAACAAAUUUUAAACGAAUGCCCACUUCGUAAGAUCUGUAAUCGUGAAAACGAUUAAUUAGAAUAUAGGUCGUAGUCUAUUUCUCAAUCAAUUGUUUUCACAAUUCAGCUUCCAACCGUUUUGGAUAAUUUAGAGCCGAGGUAAAAGAGGCGAAACGUAACAAUAUAUAUGAGUAUAUACAUACAUUAUAUAUAUGUACAUUCUGUACAAUUGCUAUUUAUUCUAAACGGUCGACCUAUUUUCUAAAAAAACACCAAUAAUUGUCUAGUAUGGCUGAUUAUUAAUUAUGACAAUGACGAUGAUGAUGUGAAAGGGGAUGUUGUAUCAUAUUAUGUAAUAAUGAUUAUAAUGAUAAUAAUGAUAACAAUAGUUCUUAGGGUAGAUCGAGACACUACAUUUCCCUGCAGAACACACGAUCAUACAUACGAUACAUAUUAUAUACAUGACGUACAUUGAUUGACCACAUAAACAUAUACCCAUGUAUGAUAUAUGUUUUUAUUUUUUUCUUAAUCUUUAACACCUUUCUUUUUUUUUUUAUUUAAAAAUCGGUUUAGUUAAAAGCAAUCUGAUAUAUCCACAAUCUUUUCCUUUCCGAGCCAAUAUUAAAAUUGAAAACGAUUCGGUCAGUGUUUGAUGUAAAAUUGAUCUUUGGACGUGUGCAGAGAAUGCUAAUAUCAUAUAGAUAAAUUGAUAUAAUUUUUCUCGGAUAUUGCACUUGAAAUCUGUACGUAUAUUACACACGCGAUAAUAUUUGUGGCAGUUUGAUAUUAUACCUAUGUAGAUAGAACUGGUAUGAUAUUAAAAUGGCCAAGAUUAUUUCUUGGCUUGAGUGUACUCGGUGGAAUUCCAUCGCCAUCUUGGGUGAGAAAAGGUGAUUGCACCUUGGCUGCUCCGAGAGACCCAUAGAAAGAGAGAGAGAGAGAGAGAAAAGAGAGAUGGAGGAAAAGGAUCGAGGAGUAGGGAGAGAAUUGCGAUCGGUGCUUUACUUAGAUCGGAGGAAAUUCGAUCCUUUUUUUUUUUUCACCCUUCUUCAUUAUAUUGUAUUUUUCGAAGUGCUUUUUGUCUAUAACUUCCACCUUUUUUGACCUUACUUCGCACGUGUCUCGUUUAUCCCAACGAUCGCAAAAAUUUUCCAUUUUUUCUUAUUUUAUUUUUUCCUUCAAAUUCGUAGUUUUCUACUGUAAUGAUACACGUAUCUACAAAAUCUAUAAUACGUAUGAACAUCGGUGGUUGAAGGGAAGAGGGAAUUUAAGCCUGUUGAAGAUAUAAGGGAGAAAGA